AUUUGGCUCUGCUGUUGUUAUUUUGCUUGAAAACCAUGAUCUGCCGUUUGUGCCUGUCCGAUUUGGACAACGCGAUGUCCAUUUGCAUAUUCAGCGAUGCCGAGCACGGCCUGCCCAAGGCCAUUGCCAAAUAUUUACAGCUCGAGGUGACGAUCAGCGAUAGCAUCUCCACGAAACUGUGCACCAGCUGCUGGCACCAUCUGAGCGAUUUCCAGCAGUUCUGCGCCAUGGUCGCCGACAAGCAGCAGUCGCUGCAGCUGAAAAUGGAGCCGGAACCGCCGCCCGAGCCAGCUGUUGUUGUGUGGAACACCGAGUCGCCGAUCGAAACGAAGCUGGUCUUCGAUGACGAUGUCAAGGAUCAUAUACUGUGCGAGCCCGAGAUUGAUGUGAAUGACAGCACACAGUCCACCAGCAGCAGCAGCAGUAGCAAUAGCGAGGACUCGCCGGCCGAUGCCUUCGAUUCGGAGUGCGAGCAGACAGCUGCGGCCAAGCAAAGCAGAAGGCGCACGCGCCAGACGCCUUUAAAGCCAGCCGCCAGCAAGUGUCCAGCGCCACAAUUAACUGCCGCCAGCCAGCGCGAGUCGCGUUUGCGUUCGCGCGAGCUGCGACGCACUGCAGCAGCAGCAGCUGGAGCAGGAGCAGCAGAGCUGCCCGCCAAAAUGCUAAAGAUCACAAAGUCACGCGGCCGACCCAAGGGAGUUAAUGCCAAGCCGAAACCGCAGCCGCAGCCAAAGUCAGCCAAACCGGACGCCGACGAGCUGGCGGCGAAACGCAGCAGCAUCAAGGAAAUGGACGACUAUAUUGCGGCCAACGUGAAGCUGGACUGUUGCCUGUGCGCCGCGCCGCUCCAAAACUUUAUCGAGCUGAAGCGACACUUUCGCGCCGAGCACAACUGCACCGGCUACAUGGAGUGCUGCAACAAUCGCUACAAGAAGCGCACCUUGUAUGUGGACCACUUGCACUAUCACAAGGAUCCGCAGUACUUUAGCUGCCAGCCGUGCCGCAAGAGCUUUCUCAAUCGCAACAGCCAGGACAUGCACAUGCUGCGCUUCCAUUCCGAACAGCAGCAGCUGGUGCAUCAGUGCGGCAUCUGUGAGGCGCGCUUUGCCAAAAAGUUUCUGCUCACCAUGCACAUCAAGGGUCACAAGGGCACCGAGCGCACCGAGGCCUGCGAGACCUGUGCCAAGAGCUUCCGCACCAAACUGGAGCUGACGGCGCACAUAAAGCGCAUGCACACCUCGGACUUUACGCCCGUAAUCUGUGACAUUUGCGGCGUACAUUUCCGCUCGAAGGCCAACUUUCUGAUACACAAGAAGGCGCUGCAUCCGGAUGGCCCAGUCGCCGAGGUGCAAUGCAAUCUGUGCAGCCGCUGGCUGCGCGACGAGCGCAGUCUGCGCAAGCAUCUGGCCAGGCACGAUGAUCGCGAUGGCGACAACAAAUAUCGCUGCCUGCUCUGCAGCGCCGAGAAGGCCUCCCGUGUCGCCCUGAGCAGCCAUAUGCGCUACCAUCACUCGGCCAAGCGGCACAGCUGCACGCUCUGCGGCAAGGAGUUCAAGCUGCCACGGGCCCUGGCCGAGCACAUGGCCACGCACACGGGCAUCGAUCUGUACUCGUGUCCAUUCUGUACGCGCACCUUCAAGUCGCACGCGAACAUGCACAACCACAAGAAGAAGAUGCAUCCCAACGAAUGGGUGCGCAAGUAUACGCAGCCCUCCGCUCGUGCCGCCCAGGCAAAUGGCAAGGAGGAGCAGCAGGAGGAGCCACUGGCACAGCCAGCUGAGGCGCCGCCAGCUGAGGCGCCGCCAGCUGAGGCGCCGCCAGCAGCUGAUGGCAGCUAUGAGUACAUGGUCAAUGGCAGCGCCGUUUGUCCCAUUUGAAGGCGUGUCGCAGCAGCCC